AUGGCUACUGCUGAGCAUACUGAGACCUACGCCGGGUCGGACCGAUCCUCUCCAGUUUCUGCUGAACGCAAGAAGCAGGUACCUGUAACCUCGCAGAACGAGAAACUCGACGGUCGCCAGAUAGGGCAUUUCGAAACUGCCAGCAAGAACGCCAACGAGCGCCUCGCAAACCCGCUUGAGGGGAUUCCUCAGGACCAGGUUUGGGCCGACGCCGCUAACUUCGCUCAUGAGCAUGGUCUCGGUCAUCUAGCCGAGACCUUUUCCAAAGGUGCUCUCGUAGCACAGGACCCAACUUCAUUUGAGUCCCUAACCCAACUGAGCGCGGAGGACAAGGAGAUCAUCAGGAGGGAGAGAACUCACCGCUGGGAUCAUCCCAUCACGCUCUACUGGCUGGUCGUCCUGUGUUCGGUUGCGGCCGCUGUUCAAGGCAUGGACGAGGCCGUCAUCAACGGCGCGAACCUUUUUUUCCCAUCGCAAUUCGGGAUACCUACGGAUGGUGAUGGUGCUAGCCAGCGUAAUCAGUGGCUAGUCGGCCUAGUCAAUUCGGCACCAUAUCUCUGCUGCGCGUUCAUCGGUUGCUGGCUGACGGAGCCACUCAAUAGACUGCUGGGACGACGAGGGGCCAUCUUUGUCUCCGCAUUUUUCUCGUUCGCAACUUGCAUCUGGCAAGGCGCUACCAAUUCUUGGCCCCAUCUCUUCAUCGCCAGGUUCUUCCUCGGACUUGGCAUUGGUCCGAAGAGUGCGACUGUCCCUGUCUAUGCGGCGGAGUGCGCGCCACCGCAAAUUCGUGGUGCCCUAGUCAUGAUGUGGCAAACAUGGACUGCUUUUGGGAUCAUGUUCGGAUAUGUGGCCGAUCUGGCAUUUUACCACGUCGCAGACCAGAAUGGCAUUACUGGUCUGCGCUGGAGAUUGAUGCUCGGUUCUGCUGGCGUUCCUGCCGUAUUCCUCAUGGCGCAAGUCUAUUUCAUGCCCGAGUCACCGCGUUGGCUAGUCUCGAAAGGACGCUACGAUAAAGCCUUCGCUUCGCUUAUGCGCCUCCGCAAGUACGAGCUCCAAGCUGCGCGCGACCUUUACUACAUUCACGUCUUCCUCGAAGCCGAGAAGGAGAUCUCGCGCGGUCGCAACCGCUUCCUCGAGCUAUUCACUGUCCCGCGUAACCGUCGCGCAACACUCGCAUCUUCCAUCGUCAUGUUCAUGCAACAGUUCUGCGGUGUCAAUGCGAUUGCAUACUACUCGUCGUCGAUCUUCGUCGAGUUCGGAUAUUCUGAAUCGAGCGCGCUUCUUGCUUCCUGGGGCUUCGGAAUGGUGAACUUUGUCUUCGCCCUCCCUGCAGUCUAUACAAUAGACACAUUCGGUCGGCGUAACCUACUCUUGACAACGUUCCCGUUCAUGGCUAUCUUCCUCCUUCUGACCGGAUUCUCUUUCUUCAUCCCUGAAGGGACCGGGCGCAUCGCGGUAGUGGCCCUUGGGAUCUAUCUUUAUACCGCCGUCUAUUCGCCUGGUGAAGGUCCAGUACCUUUCACCUAUUCGGCGGAGGCGUUCCCCCUGUAUAUCCGUGAGAUCGGCAUGUCCUGGGCAACGGCGUUGCUCUGGUUCUUCAACUUCGUUGUGGCAAUCACAUUCCCUGCCUUGCUCAAGACCUUCACGCCGCAAGGCGCGUUCGGCUGGUAUGCGGGUUGGAACAUUAUCGGUUUCUUCCUUAUCCUCUUGUUCCUCCCCGAGACGAAGGCGCUCACGCUUGAGGAACUGGAUGAAGUAUUCUCUGUGCCGACCGGCCAACAUGCGCGUUACCAGAUCAAGGCACUACCGCACAACAUCAAGAAGCACAUCUUCCGCAUGAAGGUGAAGGACAUCGAGCCGCUGUACCAUUUCGACGUUCCGCCAGGAGGCAGGAAGCACUUCGCCGAGCCGAUGGCUGCAUGA